AAGCCUCCCGUCCAUAGCGUACAAUUCUACGUGCUCAGUACUGGACUACCCAAUUGCCACCAAAAGAGAAAAACGGCAAGGCGCCUUUCAGUCUCAUCAUUGCGCUGAAGCAAAAACCUCCCUUGCUUGGCCAUUGACCGUCCACUCUCACGGUUGCUUCCAGCAGCUACCUAUUGGCUAAGAGUUGCUAGUCCUCUCUCAAUUCAUUGGCUGUCUCUCUACCCUCCCCACAUUGGCGAAAAGGAAGAAACAGAACCAGUCUUUUUAACACGAGCAGCCUUGGGGUCUUGGCUGAGGCCAACUUUUUCGUGGUAUCAGCAUUUAUUCAUUGCUAUUUGCGCUUAAGAUCCCCUCCAACAAUUCUGUGAGAACCUAGCUAUCAUAGCUAGUGGGCCAUAACGAGUUUGUUUGACAAUUCCAGAAGAUGGCGGGUGGAGAUUCCAUGGCGGCAGGAGUGCCAGCGGGUCCAUCCACAGGGAAUGGCGCAAUGACUGAUGGCGUGGAGCGAGGCACAGCGACCUCCGAGAACAUGGGAGGUGGGAGUGGGAUUGUUGGGACCACAGAUGAUGCCUCGCAAGAGGAUAAAGUGAAUCCAUUCAAGCGCAAGGCAGAAGAUGUGAGUUCGAUAAAGGCUGAAGAUACGACUGACGAUGGCAAUCAUCCUUUGGGUAAUAGGGAGACGAAAAGGGUCAAGAUUUCUGACGACUCCACAAAUAAUCCAAUUGAUGCUACUGUAUCCAAUGAUCCAACUCCAGCAAUUAAACAUGAGACCUUAACUGAGAUGGAAACUGAUGCAACGAAGAAAGAUCCCCCAGCCGUGUCUGUGAAGGAUCUCCAAGACCCCACGAAGCCACCUGCUCCUGAGCCUACUCCUGUCAAUCAAGAUACAUACAAAAAUUCCAAGGACUUUGCUUCUUCUGAACCUGAUAAAUAUCAUAUGGAUACCCAAUCAACUGAACAUACCCCUGACCCAGAUGGAUUGGUGGCUAGAGAACUUGACAGUGUCGAAGGUACCCCAACCAACAAGGGAGUCAUGGACCUGGAAACAACCGGGAAAAUGGCAGCUGAUGCUCCCAGCAAUCCUGAUCAUGCCUCUCUAGAUCCACCUUCCGUAAAUGGCAGCAAGGAAGACGACACUACUAAGAAGAAGGAUGAGGAGCCACCCGAAACCAAUAACUUUUUGCCCGUGGCGAGUCGGAAAGAACUGUAUGACAGACCAAUGGACCAGAGUGAUGAGGAGGACAUUGACGAUGACAGGUUCAAGUCGCGACCCUCAAAGAAACCGCCACGAUCAUCAGCAAGAAACAGCAGUGCGUCCAAGAAAAAAAAGCUUCCAAAAGAAGUCGUCACUUCUCUUUUGGAUUUGCCAAAGUUGUCUUCCAAAGCAACUCUUCCAAAGCUUUCAGCAGAUGAAUUGAGAGACCUGGAAACUGUUCUAGAGUUGACACAGGGAGAAGGAGAAGAGGAGGGCUGGAGAGAUGAUUGGAGUGGGAACCUGGCACUUGUCGAUAAAGAAAUCACCAACCCAAAGAGGACUCGAAGUGGAAACCAAGCAGGAAGCUUUCGACAGGCUCUCUAUCUCUGGGCGCAAAAGAGCAAUUCUACUGCACUAAAAUUCAUGCACUACCUAUUUCGGUAUGUCUUUCACCUGAAGGAUACCCCACCCAUGGCAAGAACAAUUUUGGCAAAUGCAGAUAAGAAGGACGGAAACGCCAUGGAAGAGGCCUUUCGUCGUGUCUCGUAUGACCCGCAAGUCCUCCAACAGGACGGGUGGACCACUGCCCAAGCACCAGAGCCGGUGGGGGCUACGGGGGGAGCCCACCGAAUUGGAGAAAAGGUCCGAUGGCAAGGAGCGGACGGAAUGGUCAUCGCUUACAUUCACGACCAUGACCUGGGAGAUUUAUGGCGUGCAAUUUGGCUGGAGGAAGGAAUGGAAAGUUUUGAUAUGGAGGCGGAAGAGCUAAAUGACGCUCGGCGCAAGUGGGAACGACGUGUGAAAGCAACUGCUACUGCGUCGGAUUCUUCGGGUCAAGGGAGGAGGCAAUCCCAGAAAAGGCAACAAGAUGAUCUAAAGGGUCGCCGGUCACACAGAUAUACGUCCGCAAAUGAUUUGAGAAUCAAGGGCGUGGAAGACGGGAUUGUUUUGGCAGCCAGUUUCAGUAAAGGCGCUCGGCCCGGGGUUUAUUGGCCAGCCAGAGUGAUGCAUGCAUCUGAAGCGGCAAUACUCACUCCCGGCAACAAGAGCAAGAGAAAUGCACCUCGGCAGAGGCUGGACCUUGUAUUUCUGGCGCCCUACUGGAACUCCAGCAACAACGGUCAACCGGCGUCGUCGGGGACAGGGAGUCGCCGAAAUGUGGAGUCGUUUGCAGAAAGUUUGUCCAGACAUGGCGAGUCAUUGUUCAACUCAGGUCCUUUAUUUGAUUUGGAAAGUGUGGAUGUGUCAGAUGAAAUGAUCAAGGAGUACCCCUACGAUGCCAGGAGUGGAGGAAUCAAUAUUGAGCAACUGCGUGUUGCAUUUCGUUUCUCUGGGCUUCCGAAAGCUGCAUUUGCGAGGUUUCUAGACAGCCAUAGGUUGGCUCUUGCGUUAAAGACCUAUGCCCAAGAGAGGCUUCCUCGAAGAGGGUCGGAUCAGGUCAGCGCAGGGUUGUUCGAAACGCAUCCCAUGUCUUUGAUGGCCCCAGUCUUCCCACCCGAGAUUUUGCAUUUACCAUAUCCAUUUGUACUGGCACAACUGCCUGCCCCUCCAACCGAGCAAGACAUUGUGCACGAUGGCGAAAGUCGAGUCAACGAACCCAUAUUGCAGCUGAGCUAUAUGGUUGACUCUAUGAAGCCACCAAGCUGCUGGGGACACGACAAGCCACGCUCGAAAAACGGUUCACGAACACCCGCAAGAAAGGCGUCUCAGAGAGUGGCAGAUUCACCCUUCAUUGACGCCAGCGCACUAUUACGCAAGGUUGGCAAAGAAGGCGACAAGUCCGUGGAUCUAGAUACUUUCAAGAAGGACCUAGUUUUAUUGAAUCAGACGUUGUCGAGUGGUGGAAGCUCUGGACUUGAGUUCCUUACCCAAAACCUUGAGAGGCUUUUGCAUUGUGUUUCACCCGAUUUCUCCAAGUUGACAGUGGAUGAAAAGCAAGUCAAGGCAAAGGCCAUUGCUCGAUCGUGGAUGUUUACAAAGGCUAGCGGCGAAGACGCGAUUGGGGCAUCCGUGCAGCGCAACAGUAGUGCGGUGCUUUCAGAAUGGAGGCGAGUGUGCGAAAGGGUUUAUAAGUAUAUCACUCAUGCUUUUUCUUCUGGUGGCUAUGGGAAUGGGGUCUCCGCGGUUCUUACUGACUUCCGAUGCAAUCAACAUGUCACAUCCUGUGGCUGUUUUGAACGAACUGUUCGACUCCCGGCAGCUCUGAAGGCGGCAAGAGAUGUAGGUGCAGGGAAAAAAGAAAGCAUCCAAUUGGUUACAAGUGUAGAGAAAAGCUUCCUCGAUACGGUUGAAAACAAGGUGUUGAUGAUGGCGCAUAGUGCAUCCUACCUACGACGAAUGAAGUCAAGGUGUUCUCAAAUCCGGGGAGACGAUGCGGUAUACCUAACCGAAGACAGCGAUGGCAAUGGUGGCGAAGAUACUAAGGGCUCUCGUGGGACAUGGACCGCCGCCGUUGCUAGCGUUGGAGCAGUAAUCAAGGCUGUUGACUCUGUAGUUGAGGGGAAGUAUGUCAACGCGUUUUGUGCUACCAGACCGCCUGGCCAUCACGCUGGACGUGAAUUGCACCCAAUGAAGGCGGUGUCGAAUGGAUUUUGCAUUCUCAACACAGCUGCCUGCGCGGCUCUUUAUGCAACAACUCCUCUUUCCGAAGGAGGGCCCGGGCUUCGAAGAGUUUGUGUCAUUGACUUUGAUGUUCACCAUGGCAAUGGAACACAAGAUAUUCUGUGCUCCACUUACGACCCGAGGUUCCUCUAUGUUUCAUUGCAUGCCGGCGGUGCUCAUGUCAACGGCUUGCCCGCAAGCGAUGACUUUGGCAGUGAGAUCCACAUCCCUGGUGGAAACUCUCAAAAGAAAGGCAUCUACCCUGGCAGAUGUGGGGAUACUUCUCCGCACCGUGGCGUCCUCAAUAUUCCGCUUGGACCACGUGUGAAUUCCUCAGCAGUCGGUACUGCUCUCAUCAACGAGGUGACACCGGCAGUUGAUGCGUUUGCUCCUGACUUGAUCAUCUUAUCAGCAGGCUUCGAUGCCCAUAAGAACGAUCCGCUUGGAUUGGGAGGCUUGUCGGCAGAAGAUUUCGGCCACAUCACAGACGUUGCUUGUCAUCUCGCGUCAAAAUGUUGCAGUGGGCGACUGGUCAGUUUGUUGGAAGGCGGAUAUGGAGUGCCUUGUUGCCGCCCCCAAAAGGAUCUUUUCUUGCCACCAGAAACGAAAACAGCAGAGAAGAAAGAGGAGGACGGAGGCAAGGCAAAGGAGCAGACUGAACCAAACCUCGGGAACGGAGACAAGCCAACCGGACCAGCAAUCGAAAGCAAAGCGGAAAGCAAUGCAAAUCCUUCAACAAAAGCGGAAGCGCGACCGCAGCCAUCAAAGCUUUUGGAUCUCGGCGACGACCUCCCUUCCGACAUGGAGGAUCAGGUACCUUACGCCUUGCAACGUCGACUGGAACGUUGUCAUGUGGAAGGCUUCAUUGAGUGUGUUCAGGGGCACGUCAAGUCACUCGCGAAAUGCAGUACGCGUAGCUAAGAAGCAUCACUUUGACGGUUCGGGCUGUGUGAAACUACAUGAUGUACUGUUGGCGCCUCUCGAGCAGCCUCGUGGCAGGCGGCCAUGUAGCGAUUUUGUAAGGUUGCCAUUCGAGGAAAACGAUGCCUCAACUAAGCUAGAGUAAGACCAAUUGCACUUUGAGAAACCUACGGUAUGCUUCGGGGUACCGGUACCGGUAUGGAGAGUUAACCUAGCUUGCUUGAGAGAUUGAAAGCAACCCGCUAAUUGCCAGUAGACCUUCUGACACCGCUCCUACACCUCGACCAGCUCAUAUCAAUACUCCCAGACCAACACAGCCUACAUGAACACCCGGCCCAUGAAUACACAAACCUUCUCAGAGUCCAAGUGCACCUCAACCAGCCCCCAAGCCAACUUUUCCAGCGUUAAUGCCCAGUAGACCUUCGGUCGGUAAACCUUCUGCCACGGCUCCUACACCUCGACCAACUCGUAUUAAUACCCCCAGGCCAACAAAUAUCAAUAAUCCCAUACAGCCUACACGAACACCCCGGCCUGUGAAUACCCCGAGACCAACUCCCAGACCCGUGAAUACCCCGAGACCAACUCCCAG